AUGGGAAACAAAAGCUCGAGCCCUAGGGAUGGGGAUAACUGGAGACAAUCUUCAACGGAUCGUUCAAGUUCGCCUGCAGGGUGGCAGCACGCGUAUGGCCAAUCGGUAUUUUCACAGUACGCUCAGAAUUAUCCGGUGGAAAAUCCUUAUCCAGCGGGAUAUCCACCAGCAAACUAUGAGCCUCCUCCGGGUUACAAGACCCCAAGCGAGCCGUAUAUUCCCACCCAACAAAACGUGCCUCCGUUACGUCAAAAGAAGCUGGACAGGAGGUAUUCAAGGAUCGCCGACAACUAUAAUUCAUUAGAGGAGGUAACUGAAGCUCUUGCACGUGCUGGUCUUGAGUCGUCCAACUUAAUCAUUGGGAUUGAUUUCACUAAGAGCAAUGAGUGGACAGGAAAGAGAUCAUUUGGUGGGCGAAGCUUACAUCACAUUGGAAGUGGUCUCAAUCCAUAUGAACAAGCAAUAACUAUUAUUGGGAAAACGUUGGUGGCGUUCGAUGAUGACAACUUGAUUCCCUGUUUUGGAUUUGGGGAUGCAUCAACACAUGAUCAAGACGUAUUCAGUUUCUACCCUGAUGAGAGAUUUUGCAAUGGAUUCGAGGAAGUUUUAAGCCGAUAUAGAGAACUUGUUCCGAAUUUGAAACUGGCUGGACCGACAUCAUUUGCGCCAAUAAUUGAAAUGGCAAUGACUGUUGUUGAGCAGAGUGGAGGCCAGUACCAUGUUUUGCUAAUUAUUGCGGAUGGGCAGGUUACCAGAAGUGUUGAUACUGAACAUGGUCAGUUGAGUCCACAGGAGCAGAAAACAGUUCAAGCAAUCGUUGAUGCUAGCAAGUUGCCCUUAUCCAUUGUUUUGGUUGGGGUUGGAGAUGGCCCUUGGGAUAUGAUGAAGGAAUUUGAUGACAACAUCCCUGCACGUGACUUUGACAAUUUUCAGUUUGUCAAUUUCACAGAGAUUAUGGCUAAAAAUGUAAACCAAAUUCGCAAAGAGACGGAAUUUGCUCUUUCGGCGUUGAUGGAAAUUCCAACUCAAUAUAAAGCCGCGCUGGAGCUAAAUUUGCUGGGUGGAAGGAAAGGAAAUAUUAUUGAGAGGGUUGCUCUUCCUCCUCCCGUGUAUGGUUCGACUUUUGGCAGCAAUACAAACCCUUCACGGGCAAAUACCUUUCAGCGCAGUUCAAGUCCGUACUAUGAGAGUAAUUUUCCAGCUGAUGCAGCUCCUUCUGCUCCAACCUCAACUGCUCCAAGCUCAAAUUAUGAACAUCAGAUUUGCCCCAUUUGUCUUAGCAAUCCAAAGGACAUGGCGUUUGGUUGUGGUCACCAGACGUGUUGCGAGUGUGGACAAGAACUACAGUCAUGUCCUAUCUGCCGGAGUCCUAUUCAGACCAGAAUAAAGCUAUACUAA